AACGAGUGACAGUAACUAUAUUAUGUGAGCAUAAACAGCAGAGCUCUUUUUAAAGGAAUCGUCGAUACGAUUCACACGUUACCUGGGAAGGAGGUCUCCGCAACAUUCGCCACAAGCCCGCUCAAGAACAACUUCAUUACCUAAGAGUCGAACGCCUAAACACCAGCAGUAUGAAAUUCUUGGAUACAUGUAUACUGGCACUUUUGUUAAUAACACAGCAGAUUCUCGCUGAUGGGGCAGGUGCGGCUGAUACAGAUGCUACAGAUAGCCUGGAACAAUAUGACGGCAGUAGCGGAACAGACUUAUUAGCGCAAGAGAUUAAGCGUGCGCGUAUCCCACAGUUUGUGGGGAAAAGGGACUACUUUGCGAAUGAUGAUAUAGAUAUGUCCGCAGACAGUCAAGACAUUCCUAUAGAAGUUGCUCAAGCUUUUGAGCGAAAUUUGCUCUCGAGCUUACUCGCUGGGUCGAAUGAAGGCUUACCCGAAGAAGGUGCUACGCAAAGUGACUAUUUUGGCAGACAAACCCGUUACAUACCAAUGAUGGUAGGCCGAAGAGGCAAAUGGGCACCAAAAUUCGUUGGAAAGCGACGAGGUCCACUUUUUGUUGGCAGGAGAAGGUCUCCAUAUUUCGUUGGAAAGCGCACUUCACAAACAGAUAAUAUGGCGGCUGAAAAACGUAGAAACCCUAUGUUUGUCGGAAAGCGUGCCGAUCCUGUACUGGUAGCGAGAGGUUUAUCAAAGCCUAUGUUUGUAGGACGCCGAGGUCAUCCAAUGUUCGUUGGGCGACGAACAGCCAGCGGCGAUCUUGAUAGCUCUAUAUUUAUGGGAAAAAGAUGAACCUAAGGAAGACUCGUUUCUGAAAACAGCAUUGCGUCUGUCUGUUAAUCAUUUGAACACACCCGAAGAGGAUUUCCGUAGUCCCACAGAAACAGGAAGUAUUAAAUAUGGAUUCCCGGAUGUAGUUAAGAGUUUAAAACCGCAUGUACCAGGACAUCCGUUCGGACUAAAUAAUCUUAAUCCCGCAUUCAGGAAUUUCCAAACUGGACAAAUUGGCUCGGAUUUUUCUGACUCUUACACAGAUAACGACCGCAUUGAAUUCAGCAAGAAGUGGGCGGAGUUUCUAGGAAAACGCACCAACAAGAGGUGGGCUGAGUUCAUUGGGAAACGAGUUGGAGAUUAUCUCCGCAAAAGGUCUGGAGAAUGGUUGGGCUGAUUUAAACCAUUAACAAAUGACGUAGAAGAUAUAUGCCUGAACAAAUAAGACUGUGCUUUUUGGGUCAUUUUUUAAUCAACAAUAAUUCCAAUGUAUAAGUUGAAGUUCGCAGGAUGUUUUCGUUUCAUAUGAGUUUAUUUAGGGUUACAAUAAAUGUUUUCCUUAUGUCGCGGCAACGUUCAUAAAACAUUGUCCUGACUAUAGUCAUAGACAUUCAUACAUCACGUGUAACCAAUGACCUUGACCUUCGUUGGCAUGUUGCGUCGCUCAAUCUUGUAAAUAUAGUAAAUUAUUUGUUUAAAUGUCUUCGUCGGGUGUGGCGAUAAUGUUGAGGAUUAAAGAAAAUUGAAUUUUC